UAUACAUACUCGUUCAUAACUACAAUUACAUAUGGGAGAUGUUCUCCAAAUUGAGUUUACCCUAGUCUUCCGACAGAAUUUUGAAAAGCUAAGCUUCAAAUGGCGGGUCAAUCAUCACCGCAUCGCAUUCUCUGCGCUUCCUUCAAUCAAGAUAACAGCUGCUUCGCCGUCGGAACUGGAGAUGGAUUCAAAAUAUUUGAUUUGAAUACCGGACAAAUGCUUCAUGAGCAAGUUGCUGGGGCGUUCAGUAUUGUUGAAAUGCUAUUCAAAUCAAGUCUUGUUUGCAUAGUUGGUGCUGGAGAACAGCCAUCUUUAUCUCCGAGAAGAUUAAGUUUGUUUGAUACUAAGAAAGGAACUGCUCUACGUGAAAUGAACUUUUUGACUUCUAUUCUCGCAGUUCGUGUAAAUAAGCAAAGAUUGAUAAUUGUAUUGCAAGAAAAAAUAUACAUUUAUGACACUAACAAUGGGGAAAUACUGCACAUCUUGAACACAGUGCCUAAUGUAAAAGGUCUUUGUGCUUUUUCAGCAAAUAUGGAUAAUCCCUACCUGGCUCUUCCUGCUAGUACAACUGCAGGGUCUGUACUUGUCUACAAUGUUAUGGAUCUGCAGUCACACUGUGAGAUCGAUGCACAUCGCUCACCAUUGGCUGCCUUAGCUUUUUCUCCAAAUGGGAUGUAUAUAGCUACAGCAUCUGAACAGGGAACCAUUGUUCGAGUUUAUCUAGUUUCAGAUGCUACUGAGUCCCACAGUUUCCGUAGGGGCACAUGUGCAUCAACAAUAUAUUCUUUGUCAUUCGGGCCGUCAGUUGAUCUUCCAGAUAUUCUUCUUGCAACAAGCUCUUCAGGUUCUGUUCAUAUUUUCUCCCUGGGUUUUGUUCUGAAAGAGAGAAAAUCGAAGAGUUUCUUUGGAUCAAUAAUGUCUGGCUCUGUUAGUGAUACAUCAGAUCACCUUGUAUACCACAAUGCUUUUGCAGCUGGAGUAAGAAGUGAUGCUAUAGUUCAAAAGAUAGAGAGAAUUAGUGAUACAUCAAGUUCUAAUCCGGUGGCAUUGAGAGCUACUGUAUCGAUGAUCACCUUCAAUGGAUACUUCCAAGAAUAUUGUUUCAGUAUAAACCAUAAGCACGAACCUACAUGGACCUUGGAACGCCAGUUCAAUCUUUCGACGGCAGUUGUUGGCCAGAGCUCGAGCUAACGUAGCGCCAGAGGUAUGUCGGUUCAUGACUCGAUCUACACUUAUGAUCAUGUUUAUUACAUAGGAUUCACAAUGAAGACGACAAAGUUUUCGAAUAUUUCAUGAAUCGCCCCAUCUAUGUUUCACCGCUCGUAUAAAGAAUAGAAUUAGAGAAAGUAAUACAUCGUAAUCUUGCCGCUAAAACGUAUGUUCCCCUUCAUUCCAUUGUUGAGAAUUUAUAUGCCGAUCUUAUGAUUAGGUUAACGGACAUUUUAUAUUGAUUGGGCGAUAUAGGCUAUGGAAAGAUGUAACGAAAUGAAUGUGAGAGUCAAUGAGGCAAAAUAAAGAAAGAUCAACAACUUAUACACUAUGGUAGUUCAAUGAAGAAAUAACAUUUUGAAAUGUAAGUUGACAUUUUACCGACAUAAAAUGCAUGUUCGCCUAAUCAUAAGGCCGGCCGGUAGAUAAAUUCUCAACCAUGUUCAUCAAUUGAAAGAAAGGGAACAUAAGUUUCACCGGAAAGAUUACAAAGUAUAACUUUCCCUAAUUAAUUAUGUUGUUCUUACCGGAGGCGAAACAUAGACAAAUCAAUUCAUGAGGUAUUUGGAAAGUCUGUCACCUUCGACGUGUGUUUGUUUGGGGGUUUGGAUUUUGAGUUGACAGCUAUCGUGGAUGUGACAUUGAGUGCUUUGAUAUCAAAUGUCAUGUGUUGUACUCCAUACAAAUUCACAUGGACAAAGAAAGUAAGGGAUGACAGGUGGUCUAGGGGUUGGAUUUGUGACCAUGAGGUAAUGGGUUCAAACCUCCGACCCUUCAGGUUAUCUGCUACACAUGGUUCGCCUAGUGUUACCCUGCAAAUUAGGUCCGAUCACACAUCCAACUCCCAGAUUUCCAAUCAACCUUAGCCUAAUUUUCAUCAACUUUGCUGGAUUUCACCCUGCCUCACCGCCGUCACCACCAUUCUCUUCCUGCAGCAGCCGCCGCCAACUUUCUUCUUGUUGCCCACGAUCGAUCCUCAACUGCCAUCCGAGUUGCCCAUGUGUAGAAAGAAGGUGGAGCAACAGAGAAAGAGAGGUAUGAAUUGUCGAUGUCGCCUCUCCUGUACCAAGCCAAACCGAGGCAGCUUUGAUUUUGUACCAUCGAUUUGGAGGGUCACUGUGUUAAAAUUUUUUCCGAAGAAAACAAAAAAGGGCGGCGAGAUUGGAAGAAAGACUCUGGAAUGGAGAGCCAAUGUAUAUGCUCUAAGUGUUGUAGUUAUUAAAGUCGUAAUCGGUUGAAUAACACACUAUGACAAGAAAAAUAUACUAUCUCCGUCCGUCCAACCGAAUGUAUACAAUUUUUUUUUUGGUUAAUUUUUU